AGCUCUUCGACAUCACUUUCGCUUGGGUGACUUUUUCUCUUCUCUGAGUGCGCACACCCUGCUUGUGCUUGUUUGCCUGUACAGCCAUCCUCAUGUGGCCUCGACAGGCCACAAUCUGCGUUCCAAGUCGGCCUUUUCUCUCUUUUCAGCGGCCCCCCACCUGUCGAGCAUUUGCGCACCGAGCCUCCCUGUCUGCCCGACGCACGCAACCCCGAAACAAGCCCACCGUGAACCCGAAGGACUUCUUCGAGGGAAAAUACCAAGACGUAAUUGCUAUCGACGCGAAUCGCCCCUGGUAUCACCGCAGGGCCGACAUCUUCGUGUUUGGUCGUUCCGAACCCCGCGUCGACAAACCGAAAGGGCCCGUUGUCCCCAUACCCGCUCCCGGGUUCAGCCAAAGGAUGCUUGUGAAAGCACAGCUCGCCACGGCGCCGACGGCGGAUACCCCUGGCGCGUGUGUGAUGCUGCAUUUCGACAAUAAGCGCUACAUAAUCGGAAACAUCUCGGAAGGCACCCAACGCUGUAUGACGCAGAGGAAAAUUCCCUUGGCCAAGGCACAAGAUCUCUUCAUCAGCGGUCCCGUCGACUGGAGAAGCUGCGGUGGUGUGAUUGGGACAAUUUUGACGGUGGCCGACACGCUUUCCAAUGCACGGGAGGCCACCAACCAGGUCAACAAGGAACGCAAGGAGAAGGGCCGAGCCGAAGUGGCUCACUCGGCAGUCUCCUCGCUGAAUCUGCACGGGGGUAAGAAUCUGACACACCUUUUGGCGACUGCCAGGCGGUUUGUCUUUAGGAAAGGGCUACCACUCAAACCUCACGAAAUCACCAGCGACCGCGCCGAGCAACGAUCUAUUGGCGAGCCAGACUGGAAGGACGAGAACAUCAAUGUGUGGUAUCUUCCCAUUGAAUCCUCCUCGGACAACCCGUCCACAGCGAGGACAAGGAAACGCAGCCACGAGGAGUAUCUUGACAAGACUCCCGCCGUGAGGGACUCGGAUAAGGGCAUUGCCGCGAACGUCGUGGAGCAGAUGUUCAAUUCUAACUGGAGGUUGGAUGCUCUUGUAGAGACCACUGUUCACAAGGCACAAUUGCCUGCGAAAUUAUUCGUUAGAGGGAAAGAUGGUCACAUCAAACCAUACACAGGUCCUAUGCCGGGUGGCUCUGUGCCAUUACCAGACAUACCCGAUAUCCCAGUCCUCGUUCGUCAGCCAUGGCCGGCUACCAUGGUGACGAACUUGCCCCCGACGGAACCUUCUACGCAGUCCUUGUGCUACAUCAUCAAAGGGCACGAAACACGUGGAAAAUUCAACCCGGUGGAAGCCAUCAAGUAUGGAGUUGCGAAGACCGAUUUCAAACUUCUCACAGCGGGUCAGACCGUUAAAGGCAAGGACGGAGUUGACGUCACUCCAAGCAUGGUGCUCGGCGCGCCUGUCGAGGGCAAGGGCUUUGCCUUUGUCGACAUCCCCGACACCUCGUAUAUCAAGCCACUUGUUGAGCGGAGCGAGUGGUCAUCUACCGAGAUCAUGAAAGGAGUCCAGGCCAUCUACUGGUCGCUUGGGCCCGGUAUAAUCCACGACGACUCUUUGCAGGACUUCAUGAAGAAAAUGUCCUCCCUCAAACAUAUUGUAUGCGCUCCCGAUACAUGUCCAAACAUGAUAUCUAUGGAGUCGGUGGCCACACAGGCCUAUAAGCUUCACGCGAUCGAUCCCCAGCGGUUUCCCCUACCCUACUUCAACAACAACAGCACAGUUCUCGAGACUCCAGUCCCCUCGAGUCCAGCCUGCUUCGAAGUUGGUAGGACGGGCCAUACCAUACAGUUGGCUCCACAGGUCGUGGUCCAGGACGACAAGAUCGUGCCUUUCCCGGACAUUCAAUUGAUGGCUCUGGCGGGCACAGACAAGGACACACGCAAAGAAAUAACGCGUCUCACACGGAAGGCUUUCACUAAAACCGAAAAGCCUGAGUUCCUCAGCAAGGUGGAAAGGAUCGAGGUCGACAUCCCCAAUCGGGACGCCGAGAUCAUCACGCUGGGCACAGGGUCUGCCUUGCCUUCCAAGUAUCGCAAUGUCUCUGCAACCCUGAUAAGGGUGCCAGGCUACGGUAGCUACCUACUCGACUGUGGGGAGAACACUCUCGGGCAGAUGAAGCGUGUCUUCGGCCCAGAGCUCGCAACUGUGCUUCAAGAGCUCAAGGGUGUUUGGAUCAGCCAUCUGCAUGCAGACCAUCACCUCGGCACGGCAGGUGUGCUCAAGGCAUGGAAUGAGGCCACAGCGUCUGAUGCAAGCAGACGGCUCUUCGUAGCGUCGCAUACAGGAAUGAUCCAAUGGCUACGCGAGUAUCAAAAGGUGGAGGACUUCGGGUUUUCCAGGCUUCAACUCUUCACCUUUGAAGGGGGUCCCAGGAAGAGCAUCUUGCCGCCCAAGGUGAUGACGGAAGCAGAACAGGCCAUGUUUGGAAUCCAGCAGAUCGAUGCCUGUUACGUGGAUCAUUGCCAUGGUGCACUUGCUGUCGUGCUUACCUGGCCGUCUGGACUGAAGAUAUCCUACUCCGGAGACUGUCGCCCGAGUAAGGAGUUUGUCCAGAUCGGCCAAGGAACAACCCUCCUCAUCCACGAGAGCACAUUUGACGACGAACUCAGUGGCGAUGCGCGAGCCAAGAAGCACUCAACCAUGUCAGAGGCUAUAGAUGUCGGUCGACAGAUGGGCGCGCGCAGGAUCCUGCUCACGCAUUUCUCGCAGCGCUAUCAGAAGAUUGCGAAUCUUGGCACGGAUAUUCAGGACAUCGAGGAAGACGUUGUCGGCAAGGACAAGGCGAGACUUGAUGAGGUCAUCUUGGUGGCUUUCGAUUACAUGAAAGUAAAGCUCGGGGACUUUAGAAAGGCGCAGGCUUUCGUACCAGCCAUCCAGAAGCUCUUCGAGGAUGUCGACGACCAGUAGAAGAAGGCCCUACUUGUAGCACCACUCUAUAAACCACUUCAUCCGCAUGUCAUCUCGUAUGAGAUAAACCCAUCAAGCUGUUUUGCGGUGAAACUUUUGCGCAUCUCAGCGCCAUUUUCCAUGCUCCAUGAGCCCGGUUCAAAAUCCACUUCUCAUCCCAGAAGGUAGCUUGUGUCCAGCGAACAUUCCAUAUGAACAACAACAGGUGAAGUUGUGUGGCCAGGGGAAAGUUCAAAGGAAUUUCAUAAUUCAAAAUGAGAAAAACAUUUCAGAUGGC